CUACCCACGAGCAGGUGUUGAGAAAAUCUGAUAAGCCCUUUUUCUGGACCUGCUUUAUUAUGUAAUUAAGCAACAUAGAUGGCCUGUUUUGCAGAUGUUGGCGUGUUGUAUUGGCAUUUGGACCCUAAGAAGUCUGAAAGCGAGGAGGAACUAGCAAAAAUCCGCAGAGACAGAGGAUACAGUUACAUGGAUCUUAUUGAGAUAUGUCCCGACAAACUGGAAAACUAUGAGAAGGUGAAGAACUUCUUCCGUGAGCACAUGCACGCUGACGAAGAGAUCCGCUAUUGCUUGGAGGGCAGCGGGUACUUUGACGUCCGCGAUAAAGAUGACAAGUGGAUUCGAAUUUGGAUAAGGGAAGGAGACAUGAUCAUCCUACCAGCUGGAAUUUAUCAUCGUCUCACCCUCGACAGUGCUAAAUACACGAAGCUCAUGAGGCUUUUCAUUGGGGAACCAGUCUGGACCGCAUUAAACCGCCCUCAGGAGGACCACCCGGCGAGGCAAGAGUAUGUCAAGAAUGUGAGUGCGGGCACUAGAUUUGCUCUUGCAGCUCACUUCCUGUCCAACAUGAACCUGCCCUCCAAGCCCUUCUAG